AAAAGUUUUAUUGUAAUUCAGCAGCACUCAAAUUCCCCAAUUCUUAUUUUUCAUUCUUCACACAUCGUCUUUACCUAACCAUCUACACCAAAACACACGCAGUCGGCGAAAAAUCCUGCAAUGGCCCACCAGCUAACCCGCCGCGCCACCACCAUCCUCCGACCAGCCUCAGCCACCGCUUCUGCCACCCGACGCCUCACCACCUCCGACACCACCCCGAUCACCGUCGAGACCCCGCUCCCCUUCACCGCCCACAACCUCGAUCCGCCGUCUCGAUCCGUCGAGACCACCCCGAAGGAGCUCCUCUCCUUCUUCCGAGACAUGGCCCUGAUGCGCCGCAUGGAGAUCGCCGCCGAUUCCCUCUACAAGGCGAAGCUGAUCCGAGGGUUCUGCCAUCUGUAUGACGGCCAGGAGGCCGUCGCCGUCGGGAUGGAGGCGGCGAUCACCAAGAAGGACUGCAUAAUCACGGCUUACCGCGACCACUGCAUCUUCCUUGGCCGCGGGGGCACGCUCCUGGAGACGUUCGCCGAGCUCAUGGGGAGAAAGGACGGGUGCUCCAAGGGGAAAGGGGGCUCGAUGCAUUUCUACAAGAAGGACGCAGGAUUUUACGGCGGCCAUGGGAUUGUCGGGGCUCAGAUUCCGCUGGGGUGUGGAUUGGCUUUCGCGCAGAAGUACAGUAAGGAUGAGAACGUCACGUUCGCUAUGUAUGGAGACGGUGCGGCCAAUCAGGGUCAGCUGUUUGAGGCUCUGAAUAUGGCUGCGCUGUGGGAUCUGCCGGCGAUUCUCGUCUGCGAGAACAAUCACUAUGGAAUGGGCACAGCAGAGUGGAGGGCAGCUAAAAGUCCAGCUUAUUACAAGAGAGGAGAUUAUGCUCCUGGGUUGAAGGUUGAUGGUAUGGAUGCCCUUGCAGUGAAACAAGCAUGCAAGUUCGCCAAGGAGCACGCCCUAAAGAAGGGCCCUAUUGUCCUUGAAAUGGACACAUACAGAUACCAUGGACACUCCAUGUCUGAUCCUGGUAGCACAUAUCGUACACGUGACGAGAUUAGUGGCAUUAGACAGGAACGUGAUCCAAUUGAAAGAAUCAGAAAGCUUAUACUAUCACACAAUCUUGCCACUGAAAAGGAAAUGAAGGACCACGAGAAAGAAGUGAGGAAACAGGUGGAUGAAGCCAUUGCGCAAGCUAAGGAGAGCCCCUUUCCUGAUUCCUCUGAGCUAUUUACAAAUGUAUACAAGAAAGGCUUUGGAGUUGAGGCUUUUGGGGCUGACAGGAAAGAGUUGCGAGCUGUUCUUCCAUGAAACCAGCAUCAGCAAAACCUUCCAUUUUUAUGCUUGCUCUCGAGUUAACAUGCAAUAAACAGAUUUAGCCAAUGAAAGUGUUUAUCUUAUUAGAAUCUCUCCAUAUUUUGGGUGACAAUUGCGGCCUUUAUUGUUUACACAUUUGCAUAUUUUUGCGUGUGGAUAAUUGUUUAAUUAUCUCUUUUUAGUUUCAGUAGUGAAACAAAGUUAUCCAUUGAAUUUUUUCGACUGAACUUUCCGAUCUGUCAGCUUGAGAGAACCUACCUUUGUCCAAAGCUCUAUGAUUUAAAUGUAUAGCGUAUGUUUCGAGUUGCGGAAAAGGAAUGAUAAGAAUUAUUAUCAGUCCUAGUUUGUGUGUUUGCGGAUUUGGAGAAUGGCCUGUGGGAUAGGCAAAGACCCGUGAUUAUAUUCAUAGAUUUUUGGUAAAGGGAUAUCUAAAGUUUGCAAACAUCCAAAUAGGACUAUAAUAUUUCUGUGAGUAAUAAUUGGUUCAUAGUAAUUGCAAAAGUGAUCUUAGACGAUAAAUUACG